AUUUGGAAUUUACAUGAUAAUGUUUCAUGUCUGUUCUCCAGGGAAGGGAAUUCACCUGAUCACCACGCGGCCAUCACCUACAGUCAGCUGCUGGGACAGGUGUGCAGGUGUGCCAACGUUCUGAAGCAAAUGGGAGUGAGGAAGGGAGACAGAGUGGCCAUCUACCUCCCUAUGAUUCCGGAGCUGGUGUACACCAUGCUGGCCUGCGCCAGGAUAGGAGCUGUCCACUCCAUCGUGGUCAGUGCAGUGAUUGACAUUAAGGGUUGCCCUUAUUGCCUGGGGGGGGGGUAAAACGUUGUAAUAUGAAUCUCCAGGUGAACAAAAUGAGAAGAACAGUCAGAGAUAAAGUCAAUCAGAAAUCAAACCGGGUUGUUGAAAGUCGCC